UUUCAACUCAGUUACAAACACGUUAAGUUAAAAAUAGAGGCCAAGUAAUGAUAAAUCUGUGUCAAAAAUUAACUGGCUUGUGUGAAACCGGAGUUGUCAAAAAGCUGUCAGCUAUAUUAUUUCAUUUCGCGAAACUACUCGCUUAACUCAUCUAGUUAAAAAUAUAUUGAAUAUUGUGAAACGUGUAUUAGAGUCCAGGGCGGGUAAUAAGUGGCAGUGUGAAUUUUCACGAUUUUCACUUCGGUGUCGGCAACGUAGUGAAGGAAUAAUUAUAUUGAGUAAAUGAACCAUUGGCAAUGUAUUUGAUUAUGGUUACGUUAAAUGUGUAAUAUAAGUAAAGUAUCAUUGAUUCUUGGUCUCUUUUGUUAAGUUCGCACCUGUUGUGGGCUUCAUUGUUCGUGGACAAAAUAUGUUGAUUUUGAAAGUGUGAUAAUACAUUAAUCGUUACCAUCAAGAAAUUUAAUUUAGGCGUUAUAAUCUCGUCUCUAAGUUCGUAUUUUUAGCGAAUUUCAAAUUAUUAUGUAAGCUUGAAUAUUUUUUAAAUGGAAGUGCUAACGCGAGUACAUUAACAACAUUCGACGAAUGCAAUGUUUUAUCCUUAUUAAAUCUGAAAAGCAAUGGAAAAAUUUUGUUCGAAUAAACAAAUCCGGACAGAUUCAAAAACCGAGUGUAACCAACAACUGAAAGAAAACCUCAGUUCAACCAUGACCACUCCAGCAGUGCCAGAUGAACUACCAGAAAAGUUGAAGGAGAGCUUUUCUGAGAAUACUAUGCCAGAUGGCAACUUGACACUCAGUAUACUGGAUGAACUUGGAAGUAGUCAUUUAUCAGAUUCAAGUAUUGACUUGCAGUUAAGAUUUCAACGGCUAUUAGCUGAAAGUGCUUUGGAAAAUUCUGCUUUUGAGAUCUCCAGGAAUCCGGCAGAAACGACUCGAAAUGAAUUCACUUUAGGCACAUCCACACCACGUUUCAGCCAAAGCAAUGCCAGUUUAUUUGGUGAAUCAAAUAAACAAAAAACAGAAGAAUUUGAAGCUCUUUUUAAAAAAUAUUAUUCUGAAGACUUUGUUCCAGCAGAGAACGCUGCUGAGAGGCUUCUUGCAGAUGAAAAAGCUUGGAAAAAGGAAUUUGGGUUCAUCCCACCAGGGCACCAGGAGAAGCUUGAAUUGUCUUGUUUUUCUGGCAUAAUUGGUGAUGCAGAAAUAUCAUUGAAAUCAGUUGUUGGAACUCAAAAAACCCAGAAAAACAAAGUUACUCCUGAAGAAUAUUUUAAUUUGAAGACUGAUAAAAUGGGUAGUUUAGACACUAUCCUUAGUAGUAAAGAGAGGCCCAACUUUGGUCAGGAUAUUGAAAGUCCAAAUGUCAAUCGUGCGAGAAUUGCAUUUGUUGAUCCCACUACACAGGAGGUGCCUGAGAAACUUGUUUCUAAUUUGGAAGUAUCAACCAGUGAAGUUCCGGGUGAAUGCUCAGUAGAAGAAGUUGAAGCCAGUUGCGAAUUUAAUGUCACACCUAAUGAGAAAAGCUGUAGCACCUUGAGUGUCACUGGUAUUGAAGAGAUUCUAUCCAAGCAUCUUCAGGAUACUCCCGGCACAAUAGCAAGAAGUAUUUUGAAUCCAAAAAAUAAAACAAAAUCCACUUUUACUCAGGAUAUUUCAUCACUCGCUCCAAGUGAACAGUUGUCUGAUUUUUUGGAUAAUCAUGCAGAAAAGACUCUUAGUGAGCAGUCAGAUCGGAUCCAAGUAGAAAUGUCGCAGACAGAGUAUGAUGCAUAUGUUGGUUGUGAGACAUCAGCAGUAUUUCAAAUUCAGAGCAAAAGCAGCAGGUGGUUGAAGUGCAAACUGUCUGUCCACAAAAUAGUUUAUAAUAAUGCUAUUGAUACUGCUGUAGAGAAGGAAUUGUCUUCCAAUAUGCAGUUGCCAGAUGUGACAUUAGUUGGCCCUGGUCAGAAAACUACACGAACCAUAAUCAUGACACCAACACUUCCUGGGAACUUCGAAAUAUAUGUAAAUGUGAGUGCUGAAGAUGCUGUGACACAAUUAUGUAAAAACUGCAUUGUGAAAUUUCAGAUGUUUUCCAAAAUGCCAAAGGUCGAAGUACGUGAGAAAGGAGUGCCUGUCAACAUAGUGGAUUUUGGAACCCUGGCUGAGAGUUGCCGGCAGUUGAUUAGUUUGGAAAUAAUGAAUUAUUCUGAUGUCAAUUUACCUUUAACUCUUAAUUUAGAAGAGGUAUCUAGCACUCAACAUACAUUUACUUUGUGUCAAAGCGAUAAUGAUAAUUCGGUCAACAAAUGCUUGAAAGUGGACGUGGCCUUCAAAGCCCCACUCAUUGAAAAUCGCACAAGUACUCAGGGUGGAUUUGUAUACUAUUCAGCAUAUCUUAAUAUUGCAACUACCAUUUCGUCCAGUGCUAAAACAUGUCUGUUGAAGAAGCUGAAACUAAAAGGCUGUGUUGGUAUCACACAGCUAUUGUUCAAUUUCAAAUCACCUGUGGAAAUAUCUUCACCAGGACCAGGCGUUUCGAAAUCUGUGGCACUAUCUAUGAAAAAUGGCGGAGUUGUGCCUCUUGACUUAAAGCUAACUGUUGUUGACUCUGAUACGUGGCAGGCUCAAGCAAGCAAUGUUAUUACUGUAAGCAAUUCAACACCAAGUAUCCUUCCAGGAAAAGAAACUCGUUUAAGUUUGACUUUCACUCCAUCCUGGGUAUUUGAAGAACAAAUUAAGAGGAAACUCAUGAUACAUGUUACUCCUGGUGGCAACCUGUUUGAAGUUGAAAUCCAAGCCCACAUUAAAAACGAUGAAAGGAGUCAGAUCAAAGAGAGACUUUCCUGUCAUUCGUCGGGUUCAUCUCAAAGUGUUGGUUCUGUGUCAGCUUCCUCAUCCAGGAGCAUCACUGGCAUGCCUGUGCAAACAACUCACAAGUAUUUAGUGUGGAACACUGUACCUGUGGGAAAAAUUGAAAUGCAGUCGUGUCGCCUACGAAAUGAUUGGGCUUCCACCGUCAAGAUUCGUCUCUCCCUUGUUGAUGGUAGUCAUGGAUUCUGGCUAUUGAAUGAAAAUGGAGAGCAUGUACUUGAACGCAAAAUGAGAUUACAUGCAAAGGAAUGUGUUCCAGUGAACGUUAUAUUUUCUCCUACAAAAGUUGGUGUGGCCUAUGGAAAAAUUUUAGUUCACGAAGCAAAACAAACCGGAUGUUCAGAGAGAUUUGCAAUUCCGUUAUUUGGUUACUGUGGUACCUUUAAUAUGAGCAUUAGAAAUGUAUCUAAGGAUAAAUCUGGAAAUAUGUGGAUAAAUCUUGGGCCUCUAGACAGUAACUUGCAUACUCAAUUCACUGUCUUCAAUAAAGGAAACUUGGACUCUUUCAUUUAUGUGAAUUAUGUUCCAAAAGGAGUUGGAGCGUUAUUACAAGGUGUCAGUGUUUCAAUAAAACCAUCAAAAGCUGUAAUUGCAGCAGGAUCAAAUGAGAUAAUUAAAAUUUCUUUUGCUCUUCAAAAUGAUGUAUCAUUCAUCGUUAAAGAUGGGCGAGAUAUGUUGGAGUUGGGUAAUCUCUAUAUCACUUGUGGUGAUGAACCAACUCGGCAGAGAAUUCGCAGAAUCAGAGAGAGGCAACCAGGAAAUCCUACAUUAAAUAGAAUAUUGAAUUUGGAAAACAUUUGUUCUCCUUUUUCUGGAGAAACUUGCAUUUCUGAGCUUAGCGUACUUAAUGAUCCUGAGAAUGCUCUGCGAUCUUUGUGCCGUACCUUUCAGCAACAUGAAAUAGCACUGACUGUGGAAUGUAUGGAUGAUAGUGUUCAAGAGACUAGUGGCAAAGAAGUAUCUUCAUGGACCAUCACACCUUCUACUCUAACUCUGCUAGUUCCACGCUUUGCUAGUGGGUGCAUCACCAUUGCCAGCACUAAUGAAGAUGACCAGAUGUUUGAAAUUAGCAGCUCUGAAGAGUUCCUGUCUAUUGAACCAUCAUCUGGUAUCAUUCCAGGAAUGGGAGAAGUUGUUGUUGUAGUGACAUGCAAUGUGACUUCUAUUCCUAAAACUAACAUUAAAUGCUGUCUGAAAGUCUACUUGGAAAAUGAUAUGAAGCUAGUAAUUGUUCAUAUCAAACCUCUACCAGAAAAAACGUCUCAGGAAAAUCAGUUAAUUGAAAGUGAUUCAGAAGUGUCACAGAAAGAUAGUUCCUCAGAAAAAAUAGCAAAAAACAAAGCUAACAGGCAAAAAUCUGUUCAGAUGCCACAUUCUGCAACCUACAUGAAAACAUAACAGUAAUAUAAUGGGGCUGUUGGGACCAUACAAUGUAUAUCUAACCCAGUAUGUGUUAAAUUUUUAAAAUAUUGAAGAAAAAUACUCCACCCUAAUCGGAAUUAAAGAUUAAAAUUUUUUUAAAAAUGAAUUGGAGAAAGAUUCUGAAUGUAAAUGUGUUGCUUUCAUUCUUCACGAGUUUUGUUGAAGCAUAAAUGGUGAUGUUUUUUAAUAAGGAGUAACUCCUCUAAACUAUUUUAAUGGAUGCUCUUGUUGUAAAAUAUUUAAUAAAUUAUAAACAAAAUGUAACCG